CUCUCUCUCUCUCUCUCUCUUAUGUGCCCUUUUUGUAUAUAAAUAUAUAAUCUUGCACACAAUAAGGUUAUACUCACCAUCACCUUUUGCAUCAUUGCUCUUUGUUCUCCUUUUUCGUGUCUCUUCUAGUAACAAGACUUAAAAGUAUCUUUUUCAGUUAUAAUAACUAAACGAUGAUGCUUGCGGUGGAAGAUGUGUUGAGUGAGCUCGCCGGAGAAGAAAGAAACGACAGAGGUUUACCACCUGGCUUCCGGUUUCACCCGACGGACGAAGAGCUCAUAACUUUCUACUUAGCCUCUAAAGUCUUCCAUGGAGGUCUAUGUGGCAUUCACAUUGCCGAAGUUGACCUCAAUCGCUGCGAACCCUGGGAACUCCCUGAAAUGGCCAAGAUGGGAGAGAGAGAGUGGUACUUUUACAGUCUAAGGGAUAGAAAAUAUCCCACAGGGCUAAGGACUAACAGAGCCACUACCGCUGGAUACUGGAAGGCUACCGGAAAAGAUAAGGAGGUCUUUGCCGGCGGUGGCGGCGGCGGAGGAGCACUUGUCGGAAUGAAGAAGACCCUUGUGUUCUACAAGGGUAGGGCUCCACGAGGCCUCAAGACUAAGUGGGUCAUGCAUGAGUAUCGCCUCGAAACUGACCUUUCUCACCGCCACACGUGUAAGGAGGAAUGGGUGAUUUGCAGAGUGUUUAACAAAACAGGAGACAGAAAGAAUGUUGGAAUCCAUAACCAAAUCAGCUACCUCCAUAACACUUCACUAUCAACAACACAUCAACAACAUAACCAUUAUCAUCAUCUUGAAAUCUUGCCUCCUCUUCUUGAACCAUCUAAAACCCUAACCAACUUUCCAUCGCUACUCUACGAUGAUACCCACCAAAAUUACAAUAAUAACCUACUCCAUGGAUCAUCAGCCCACAACGUUGACGAGUUCAAAACCCUAAUCAAUCCAGCCGUGUCUCAGCUCAACGGAGUCAUUUUCUCUCCAGAAAACAGCAACUACAACAACGAGGACGACAACAACUUUGGCGUUAAGACAGAGCAAUAUUCGAACGGUGGCAAUAACGAUCUUGAUGUGCGAGACUACUUAGACAACCCUUUUUGCCAGGAAGCGGGUUACGGUCUGUUGGGUCUUUCAUCUUCUCCUGGACCUCUUAUGCUAUUAGAUUCUCCAUAUGUCCUUUAGGUUUCCAGCUGUAGAAUCCAGGCCUUUGGUUUAUAUAUUUGGUCUUUUAUGGUUUCUUAUUAUUUUCAGCCUUUGUGAAAAACAUAAUUAAUAUAAAUAUUAUUGUUUCUAAGAACCCAAAUAUUUGGUAGAUUAAGGACUUGUUUAUUUUAAAAAGUUAUGUGGCUGCUGCAGCCUUGCAGGAAAAGCUAUUAGUGUGUUACUUUUGAUGAACUGUAUUUGUGGGCGUUUCACUGUUCGAUGUGAUGUCAUAAAUACGAAUGAUAUUUAUAACUAUUCUGACGUCAUUGUUUUAUGUCUUUUUCGGUCUAUGAACUAUUUAUUUCGUUAUUUAUUUAUAACUAUCUAUUUAUAAUACUAUGCAACUGCGAAAAUUGCAUUUCGGAUGAGUUGCUACAUUUGGCCGGUUAGGCGUUAUACUGGUUAUAGUCAACUGAAAAAACUGUACAGGAUUUAAUAAACCAAUGCAAUCGUUAUUUUGGUUGGCCACACACAAGCCUAACCAUCUUCGAUAAUUAUGGUCUUAGAAGGGUUGAGCUAGGUUUGGGGGGGGGGGGGGGGGGGGGGGUGGGGGAGUCUGGUUUAUCUGUGUGGUAGGUGAGCCACUGGUUCAGUUAUAAAAGUUGUCUUCGUGAACACGCAACAAUAAGUUGGUAUAUUAGACUAUUCUUUUUUUGAAACACUGGUAUUAGACUAUUCAAUAUUGACUUUAAGAAUACCUGAAAAACUAUCUUUUCAAAUUUCACAAAUAUAUUUUUUAAACAACAUACUUUAUUAGAUUAAAUAGUGUAGGAUAAUACAAACAAUCAACCAACCAUUCCAAAUGGGUGGUAUUACGAAAAAUCAACAUUUUCACAAAUUUGUUUUUAUUUGAAAUUAUUUUGUUUCUUCACUCAUAGCCGCUCAGUUUUUUUUCCUUUAGCAAAAAAAAAAGAAAAGAAAAUCUGCUUUUAUUAAGAUCGCCCCAGUUUGGAACGAUAAAACCCAAUAAACAUCAACGAGGCCCAUAAAUUGAUAGUAGCUAAAAUGCUACGAUAUUGAAACCUGGAUAUAUCAACAAACAUGUGAUAAAAUAUACAUUACAUUUUAACAAUCUAUGAAAAAUAUGCAAAAUUAGUUGAGUU